UCAAGGAGAGGACAUUAAAUCCAUGAAUAGUGUGACAAAAAGACAUGAUCUUUGAUCCCUAAAUUACAUAAUGUGAUUAUAAGUCUUUAUGGGUGAAAUUAUUUACUCCCUAUUUCUGUCCAGUUCCCCUUCUUCACAUCCAGGAAAGCAACAGUCAUACACAUUAUUUGCUUUCUGCUGGGAGUGGUAAACACACAAAUGAAAGCAAAUAGAAAAGUUCAACAAGAUCAGAUUUCUCCAUCAUUCAUCUUGGCUGCCUGAGCCGGGGAAAGCCUCUCCAGUCGUUGGCAUCCUCCAGUGUGACAAGGUGUGUGUGCGCUACUGCUUGGGAUCUGUACACUGACUGGAGCAGCUUAUUGGACAGGCAGAGUGGGGGAUUUUCUCCUGCAUAUAUACACCUGGGGGUCCAUUUGCCAGUAGUAUAGGCAGAGUGGGGGAUUUUCUCCUGCAUAUAUACACCUGGGGGUCCAUUUUCCAGUAGUAUAGGCAAAUUGUGGGAUUUUUUCCUGCAUAUACACACAUGGGGGUCCAUUUGCCAGUAGUAUAGGAAGAGUGGGGGAUUUUCUCCUGCAUAUACACACCUGGGGUCCAUUUCCAAGUAGUACAGGCAGAGUGGGGGAUAUUCUCCUGCAUAUACAUACCUGGGGGUCCAUUUGCCAGUAGUACAGGCAGAGUGGGGGAAAUUCUCCUGUAUAUACACACCUGGGGUCCAUUUGCCAGUAGUAUAGGCAGAGUGGGGGAUUUUCUCCUGUAUAUACACACAUGGGGUCCAUUUGUCAGUAGUAUAGGCAGAGUGGGGGAUUUUCUCCUGUAUAUACACACCUGGGGGUCCAUUUGCCAGUAGUACAGGCAGAGUGGGGGAAAUUCUCCUGCAUAGCUGCACCUAUAGGUCCCUGUGGCAGUAGAGACAUGAUAGAGCCCCUAUAGGUUCCCUGGAAGUGUCUGUACUAGGAGGGAAAACAGAGUUGAAGGUUUUUUUUAAGUAAUGUCCCUGUGCCAAUAGGAAGGUCAGACUGGGCUCAGACAUUUUCUAGCAGAUCUGACAGCAGAUGAAGAAGAUCUUAUGCAGAGCAAUCAGUGUCGGUGCCACAUAACAGCAGUUUUAAAUAGAAAAAGCAGACGGGGCAUUUACUUACAAUUGUUCCAACCUAGAGAAAUAGCAGAGUGAGGGCCCCUGGCACAAGGGAAUCACAGUGGGGCCCCUGAUCAUUAGCUGAAGGGCCCCGCAAGCAAUACGAUCAUUUCCAGUAGGUGGUAAAGCGAGAAGCAGUUUCCCGGUAGAAGUCGCAAGCGCAGCGAUUCCUGUAGGAGCGAUCAUUAGGCGCGUGUGACGGCAGUGGGUUUCCCUUAAUAAAUCGCCGCAAACUAAUGAGCGAGUCCCAUGGGAGACAGAGCGCUUGUUACGUCUGCAGCGCAAGUGGAUAAAGAGUCUGCGCUUUCCUGCGACUGGGGAAUCGCACGGGAGGGACAACAGCACUCGCACCAACCUGCAUUGUUUCCUCCCACAUCCAAUUCGAUAUUAUAUCAGACCAGCAGCCACCUCACCACAUCCUAAACUAUAUCUAGAAGAAGCAGCCACACAGGACUGCCCGUGCUUUCCAAUAGCUGAGAGACGCUGCAACUUUUUUUCCCAAUUAGUCUUUGCCAUUCACUGGGCAGAAAAGCUGACUCUUCAAAGUGCCACGGGUCUGUGCCAUUCAUUGGGCAGAAGAGCUGAUGCUUCAAAGUGCCACUGGUCUGUGCCAUUGACUAGGCAAAAGAGCUGAUGCUUCAAAGUGUCACUAGUCUUUGCCAUUCACUGGGCAGAAGAGCUGAUGCUUCAAAGUGCCACUGGUCUGUGCCAUUCAACAGCCAGGAGAGCUGAAGCUUUCUGCAAAGUACUAGAGAGCAGCAGACAAGCAGCAGGAUUGCGGACAGGAGAGAUUCCGCUCACCUGGAGCAGCAAUGAAUAAACUCAGAGGUGCUGCCAUGCUGGUUGUGCUGCUCUUGGUGCUGCCUGCUGGGCACUGCAAGGAGAGGACGGACUCCAGAAACCUCACCGAGAAAAACCUGAUGAACAUCAUUGUGAGACUCAUUAAAGAGGUGAAAGUGUAUCGGCUGCAGGAAGGCAACGGGAAGCAGCAUUUAGCCAGGAAAGAAGACUACAGCCUGGACGAGAGGGAAAACCCAGUCCCAGAUUAUGGAUAUUAUCCGGAUGAACAGCGAGUGGAAAUAUUUCCGAGAGAUCUUCGGAUGAAAGAUAAGUUUUUGAAGCACCUUACAGGUAAAGGUCGACUUUCGUUCAACAGUCCAAACUGCAACAAGCUAUUCCGCAGACUUUACAACACGACUAAGGACUGCACCACCCCUGCACAUUAUAAAAGAUGUGCAAGACUUCUUACAAGAUUGGCAGUCAGUCCUAGGUGUAUGGAUGGAUAACAUUCUAAGAUGUGAAAUAUAACCAAGAAAAAAAGAAAACCCAGGAACUACGAAAAAAAAGUGCCUUGGAAACCAACAGGGAAACAUUUGACUUGUUUGUAGCAUAUUCCAUUGUGAACUAUAGAAGAUUUAUUUUUGCAUACUGAUGGAAUACCGUACUUCCAUGUGCCCUCUUUCAAUUUAUACAUUGUCUACUCUAUAAAGAGUUGUGUAUAUGUACCAGGCAACUGCCAUGAUAUUCUGUUUCCCUCUGACCGCUAGUCCACUAGUUUUUGGUUUUAUAAUGGCAGUAUUAGUUUUUAAAUAUUAGUAUAUCCAAGACUCUGUAGUUCCAGCUUUGCACACUAGUUACAAUUAAAGCUUAUACAAUGGAAAGUUAGAACAGGAGAAAGGCACUCUUGGCUUUCUGGUUCAUAGAGGAACACCUUCCCAGCAUGCCACUUGUCUAAGGAGCAGAGAUCUGUAGAUGGCAGUAGCAUAACUGCCAAUGGUUGCCUAUUGCCCAGUUAAAGGAAAAGGAAAGUCAUCCUGCACUUGGGAGUGCCAAAUAUUAGUAUUUACUUACCCGAAACCCUGGGCUGGUUAUUCCAGCAAGCACCACGGAGCGAUCCUCUUCCGUCUUCCUCUUCCUUUGCACGGCUGCGCUUGUGCAGUAGAACGAAAAGCCGAACUUUAACUGAAAAGUCAGAAAAUUUAAAGCAAGAAGAAUCCCUGAAGAAGAUCGCUCCGUGGUGCUCACUGGAAUAACCCCGGACUGGUGCAGUUUUCUGCUGAUAAGAGCACCA